UUAGUAGUUUUUCUUGAUUUUGACCAUUAAUAUUGGCUCACCAGACUGUUCCACAGCAGUUUUACCGGUACGUAAAUCAUCAAAAACGCAAACUGGGCGAGUAAGAGCUCAAUGACAGUUUUCUAGUCUUUUUUGACACCGCCGAGGUCACAUGACAGCGUUGUCAGGACGUUGCAAAGAUGGUGAUCUUCAGUGUGUAUUUGGUGAACAAGGCUGGAGGUUUAAUUUACCAAUAUGACAACUACGUCCCGAGGGCGGAGGCCGAGAAAACCUUUAGCUAUCCUUUAGAUCUGGUGCUCAAACAUCACGAUGAAAAGGUCAUCGUAUCGUUUGGACAACGCGACGGAAUCAGAGUGGGACAUGCAGUGCUGUCCAUCAAUGGAGUCGAUGUGAUUGGAAAGAACACGGCAGAGGGAAAGGACAUCCUUGAAUACUUGAAAGAUCCCUCAAAUUAUCCAGUGUCCAUUCGAUUUGGACGGGCACGGCUGAGCUCCAAUGAAAAGCUGAUGCUGGCAUCCAUGUUCCACUCGUUGUUUGCUAUAGGUUCACAGCUGUCCCCCGAAGUUGGCAGUUCAGGGAUCGAGAUGCUAGAGACAGACGUCUUCAAACUCCACUGCUUCCAGACUCUCACGGGGAUUAAGUUCAUUGUGCUGGCAGACCCUCGACAAUCUGGCAUUGACACGCUGUUGAGGAAGAUUUACGAAAUUUAUUCCGAUUUUGCUCUUAAGAACCCGUUCUAUUCUCUGGAAAUGCCAAUCAGGUGUGAACUCUUUGAUCAGAAUCUGAAGAGUGCACUGGAGAUUGCAGAGAAAGCUGGCAACUUUGGAGCCGGAUCUUGACCCAGAGGGGACUAAAGAGACAACAUGAAUCUGCCUGAAUGCUAAUUUCUCAUCACAAGAGAUUUAGUGAAUUACUAAGACUGUAGACCUUGGUGAGGGAAAUUGAGUGGAUUUUCUUUGUUACUCUUGACUGGGAUUUGACACAUUGUAAAAACAUAAUAUUUUGUAAAUACUAAAAGAUUAAACUCACGUGUGUUAAUAUUUCA